CGCAGGCGGAAGUGCUGUUGUGUAUGCGGAAGUAAUGGCGACUGUUUGUGAUUUUGUGUGUGCAGCAGCGCGACUCGUAUUAUGAAGCUGUGUGUGAUUUUGUGUGUCAUUGUGCGAUACGUGUUAUAUCUAGAUAAACUUGUCAGCAGCUAAGUUUCAUGAGCAGCAUUAUAUUUUCCUGUGAUUUAACAGCACAGUCCAGUCGGCUGUUUCUUGAGAGUUUCUACAGUCUGAAAUCCUUCAGAUAAACGUCAGCCGUUCUGUGUUAUUCACCUGUUCUGGGUUCAGUGUUCUGCCAAUCAGUCAUGACCCAGGUGAGGCGUUCUGACGAAGGUACUGCAGUUGUAUGACGGACGGACUGACUGGGAGUUUACGCAGUUUGUAAAGACACGUCACGAUGUUAGAGUCAUAUGUUACUCCUCUUUUGAUGAGUUAUGUGAACCGAUACAUAAAGAACCUGAAGCCGUCGGACCUGCAGCUGUCAUUAUGGGGCGGCGACGUGGUGCUGAGCAAACUGGACCUGAGACUGGACGUCCUGGAGCAGGAACUCAAGCUGCCCUUCACGUUUCUCAGCGGUCACAUUCACGAGCUGCGCAUCCACGUGCCCUGGACCAAAUUGAGCUCGGAGGCCGUCGUCAUCACCAUCAACACCAUGGAGUGCAUCCUCAAACUCAGAGACGCAGCUACGGAGGAUAAUGAAAGUUGUACGUCCAGCUCGACCAAUCAAAGUACCACUGAGAGCUUGAAGAGUGCCUCUAAACCUCGACGGGUGCAACAAGCCCCCAGUGACCCUGACCUGCCCCCAGGAUAUGUCCAGAGUCUUAUUCGUCGAGUAGUGAAUAAUGUAAAUAUUGUUGUAAAUAAUUUAAUUUUGAAGUACGUGGAAGAUGACAUUGUGCUUUCGGUCAACAUCACGUCUGCUGAGAGCUACACGGUGGACGACCUGUGGGACCGGGCGUUCAUGGACAUCAUCUCUCCUGAACUUGUCCUGAGGAAGGUCAUCAAUUUUUCCGACUGCACGGUGUGCUUGGAUAAGCGGAAUGCGAGUGGAAAGAUUGAGUUUUAUCAGGACCCGCUGCUCUACAAAUGUUCCUUCAGGACUCGUCUUCACUUCACCUACGACAACAUUAAUGCCAAAAUCCCUGCCGUCAUUAAAGUUCACACAAUGGUGGAGAGUUUGAAGUUGUCUGUGACAGAUCAGCAGUUGCCCAUGUUCAUUCGUCUCAUGGAGUUGGGCGUUGCGCUGUAUUACGGCGAGAUGGGAAUCCAUCGAGACGGCGACGUGGAAGAGAGCGGCUCGCUUCGAGAGAGCGUCCCCAGUCUCACGGGGGACGGCUCAGAUCCGUCUCUCGCGGGUCAGUACUUUCAGAAUGAGGUCGAAGAUGAAGGCUGGGUGUCGUGGGCUUGGUCGUUCGUCCCGGCCAUCGUGAGCACGGGCGAGGAGAACGAAGGGGAGUCCGACGAGUACGCAGAAUCGCACGAGAGCGGCACGGCGCGACCUCUGCGGCACUCCUACAAGGACCCUGUAGUGUCCGUCGGGUUUUACUGCACCAAAGCUUCUGUCACCUUUAAGCUAACAGAGAGCUGUUCUGAGAGCAGUUACUACAGUCCACAGAAGGUGAAGUCACGAGAGGUGUUGUGUGUGGAGCAGGAGGGCAUUACAGUGGAGGCUCUUAUGAUGGGCGAGCCUUUCUUUGACUGUCAAGUGGGAGUCGUCGGUUGCCGUGCUGUUUGUCUGAAGGGCGUAAUGGGAGUACGAGAUUUUGAAGAGAAUAUGAACAGAAAAGAGGAGGACGCUGUGUUUUUCCGCUGUGGGGAGACUCUGAGCGUGAAGGGCUUGACCUACCUGACCAACUCGCUCUUUGACUACCGCAGCCCUGAGAACAACGGAGUUCGAGCAGAAUUUAUCUUGGAUGGAAACAUUCAUAAGGAGACGUACACAGAGUCUGCAGGUCUACAGCGAUACGGCGCAUUUUACAUGGAUUAUCUGUACACGAUGGAGAACAGCAGUAAUAGAGUGUGCGUGGGACCGCAGGACUUUGCUGCGCUGCGUAAGGACGAUCCACCAAGGAUGCAGGAAACAUCGCAGAAGAAGAUUGUGAUCGGUCCUUUAGACUUGCAGCUUCACAGCAGUGCCGUCCAUCGCAUUUUGAAGAUGGCUGUGUGCACUCUUGACCAUGAGUACCAACCUUACUGCAAACCGCAGCCUGAUGUUGUAGAGGAGCAUGUGAGUGUCGGGCCAGAGACGGUUUCGGCUCUAGAAGAGUUCAUUCCCACCCGUCAGACGAGUGUCACGCUGAUGAGGGCUCGAAUCACAAUUCCUGCGGCUGAAUACAAUCUACUGCAUGUCUUAUUGCCUGCUUUACUGGGACAAAAGGUGUCGACUGCACAGACGUCUGCGUCUCGGUUUCAGCUCUUGCGUCCUCUGCCUGCGCUGCAGCUGCAGUUUGAGCGCGUCACAUUUGAACAUUCUGCUCCCAUGUAUGAAGAGGAAGUGAACCGCACGGCCAGCAGCCUGAACCAGCCAUCAGAAACACUCCUACACAACUGCUACACACACUGCUACCUGAAGGUCUUUGAGCUUCAGGCUGGUCUGACUGUAAUUGACUCAGAGGGGGUACUCCAUCCGCUCCUUCCCAUAAUUCCUUCUUUCAGUACGGCUCUCUAUGGGAAGCAGCUCUGUUUGCCUGCAUACUGGGGGAGACAGUCAUCAGUUGCUCUGUAUGAGUGCAUGUUUGAGCUCCCGCAGGUGUCUGUUCAGCUCACUCGUGCUCAGGUGAUGCUUCUUCAGUGUAUGUAUCACAGCUGGAUGUAUGCUGUGGAAGGAGGAGCCUGCAGCGGCAUCAGCGACGCUCUCAUUAACCACGCCUACAGACCUCCAGGUGUAAAGUCAGUGGUCUCUGCUCCUGUUCUGGAGUUGUGUAUUCAGCGUGUUGAGUUAAAGGUGUGUGAGCGUCCGUCGCUGCUGUGUGUUUCUGGAACUCUGGGAGCUGUUAAAGUUUGUGCCAGGAUGCCGGGUGUUUGUGAGGGACAGAAAGAGCAGCUGGUUUCUCUGGUUCAGGGUCCGUCUGAUACCACAGAUCUUCACACCAGCCGUUGGUUAAGUGGGAGUCGUAAACCGGCGUCUCUCCUCUCUCCUGAUCUCAUCCAAAUCUCUCUACAGCUUCCACAGCAGGAGCGCAUGCCGAAUCCCGGUGCAGUGCUGCUGGUGAGUGUUCAGGGCAUCGCUGUAAACGUGGAUCCAGUUCUGUUCUCCUGGCUCCUGUUUCAACCUCAGAGGUCCAGUGGCACCAGACCUCCUCAACAGGUUCCUAUGGUGAUGAAGAAGAGGAGGGAAGAUGAAGCAUCUGUUGGCAGCACUCCAUUGACCAAACAACCCAGCAAUCCGGCAUCAGACUACACCAGCAGUCCUGUGAAAACUAAGACACAGACAGAGUCAAGGCCUCUGUCUGUCCCAGUCAAAAUCUUUCCUUCGUUUGAAGAGCGACAUUUGAGUUCGGAAGAGCGGAUGAAGAACCUGAUAACAGAAACGUGGAACGCCGUCAAACACCUCACACUGCAGGUUGAGCUUCAGUCGCUUUGCGUGUUUGUGCCGUCUGACAGUUUGCCGUCACCCAGUACUCUGGUGUGUGGUGAUAUUCCAGGCACCGUACGCAGCUGGUAUCACAGUCAGACGUGCAUGCCUGCGACGCUGGUGUUGUGUCUGCCGCAGGUCAGCGUGAUGAGCGCUGGUCACAGACGCAUGGAGCCGCUGCAGGACUUACCGUUCACUGUUCACAGACCUGUGCUGGAGGAGGGUGAUGCAUUUCCGUGGACAGUGUGUGUAAAUCAGUUAAGUGUGUACUCUCUCCUGGGACACCAGCGUUCUCUAAGUGUUCUUGAUCCCAUGGGCUGCACAUCCACCCUGGCGCUCACUGGACCAAAACUACAGCCAGACACUAAACACGCUUUCAUCAUAUGUUUACAUGUGGACCUUCAGCCUGUGCACCUGAAAUGCUCAAAUCCUCAGGUUCAGCUGCUGUAUGGUUUAUGGUGUAGAUGGAGUCAGAUUCUCAGCAUACUUGACCAGAUGAAGAACAGAGGAACCCAAAGACAAUCAGCAGCAUUUCCAGACUCUACAGCACCGCCCGCUGGUCCUUUCUCACCUGUCCACAGCAGUGCUGGCACCAUCCCACCAGAUACCAGUACCUAUAGUCCAUCAGCUGACCUGGGCUCUCCAACAGAGGGUGAUUCAGUGCACACUGAGGAUCCGGUGCAGUGUGAGACGAUGACUCUUGAACAGAAGACCUGCAGCUUCAGCGGUGCGAGUGGAAAACUCAGCGUUUGGAUGCAGUGGAUGCUGCCCAAACUUACACUUAAACUCUUUUCUUCUGAGCACAGAGACAACGAGGUCUGUGUGGUGGCGGAGAUGGAGGACAUGAGCGCAUCAGUGGAUGUCCAGGACGUUUACACCAAGGUGAAAUGUAAAGUGGGCAGUUUCCACAUAGAUCACUACAGAAGCAGUGCUGAAGAGAGAGCGUCGUCGUGUGCUGGGGUCGUCCUCUCUUGCACUGACAGGCUCAACAGACGCACGGUUCUACUGCGACCGCUCGGCAGGCAGGACCCUCACAGCCAUUUCACCUUCUUUCCUCCUACAGCGGCGAAAGCUCUGGAGGUCUCUCACCAGCAACACGGUUUCCUGUCCGUCACCUACACGCAGGCCGUGACCCGAAACGUUCGACACAAGCUGACGGCCCGUCAGGAACGCACGUCUCAGAGGUUAUGUGAGGAAGGUGUCGACGGCUCGCCGCAGUAUCUUCACGAGAUCCUGCUCACGGCUCAGCCCUUCGACCUCGUGCUCUCCUGCCCUCUGCUGGUGACGGUGAUGCGCGUUUUCCACGUUACCCCGCCCCCUCAUUUGCGGCACCCAGUCAGAGAGCACCUCACUCCAGGACAGCCAAUGAGAGGCCACUCGCUCUCGUCCGGCAAUCUGCCGCUCAUCUAUGUCAACACUAGCGUGAUUCGUGUUUUCUGCCCCCUAGAGGACGUGCCAAGCAGCAAACAUUCACAGAUAAAGGAAGACACUGUUGUGCUGAAAAUUGGAUCUGUAAGUGUUGCUCCACAGGCUGAUAAUCCGCUGCCUCGUAGUGUUCUACGCAAGGACCUCUACCAACGGGCAUUAAAUCUGGGAGUGUUGCGUGACCCGGGGUCAGAGGUUGAAGAUCGUCAGUAUCAAAUCGAUCUCCAGAGCAUCAACAUGGGUACAGCUCAGUGGGAUGAUCUGAGGCCCGAGCGGGAGAGCUCAGCGAGCGGCUGUCCUCCAGACGUAGAGAGAAAUUCCCAAAAUCCUGCACUGGAGUGGAACAUGGCCAGCAGUAUUCGCAGACAGCAGGAGAAGCGAGUCAUAUUGUCACCGAUCAUCACUGAUUUCUCUGUGCGUGUAACAGCCGCACCUGCUAUCAUUUACCGGAGGCCUCUGGCAGCAGCGCACGGACCAACAGAGGAUGUGGUGGUGUGUGGUCACAGUUUGGAGAUAAAUGUGACAUCGAGUCUGGAGCUCUUCCUCAGUAUCUCACAGAUGCAGUUACUUCAACAACUUCUGCAGGCCAACGUGGGACUGACAGAUAUCAAUGAAACUCCUGCAGAUAUGCGAGGUCAUCAUCUGCCGGCUGCUGCGGGUUCAGACUCUGUGGACGGUUUGUGCGGUAGUGGUGCUCCCUGCGGGCAGGACAGCGGGUUCGGCAGCGACAGCGCCCGUCUGCGGAUGGUUCGACUCGACCGCCAAAGCGGCAUGGGUCAGCGCCGCCUUGCGCGCAGCUCACACCAGUCCAUCAUUACUAAGAACCUCAGCUUUGUCCCCUUUGAUGUUUUCCUCACCGCCGGGCGCAUCUCUCUCAUGACGUACGCCACCGCGGCUUUGAGCAAACCUCCCACCGACGCCUCGCGUCCGGAAAAGAGCACGCUCGACGUGCCGGAGGACGAUGCCGAUCUCUCGUCAGAGGGCGGUCUGUCCUCCGUGACGGCAGACGAUCUGCUCGACGGCAAUGUCGGCGUGGGAUCGGCAGGAAUUCCGGCUGGCGUUUUGGCACCCAACCGGUCGUCGGCACGGCAGGCUUUAGGCGUGACGGUGGUGAGGCAGCCGGGCCGCAGAGGAGACAAAGACUGCAGCCUGGAGCCGCUGUUAUUCCUGCAGGUAACGCAGCCGUCGGUGUUAAUAAACUGCCACCAUCGCAAACAAAGGCUGGAGCUCUCACUCUUUGACCUCACGCUAAAAGGAGUCGCCAACGAUUACAAAUGUCUCGAUGCAGGAAAGUCUCUGCCAGAGGUUUUAGACUACAGUGUGUUUUGGCUGCAGACAUUAGCAGGAGAGGCAGACAAUCGGACUGGCAUCCCACCUCCACUGCUGUCUGUCAUCAUCAGAGACUUUCUCACUGGACCAGAGUUGAAGGUAGACAUCAGUCGCCCGUUGAGGGUCAGCCCCACGCUGGCUAAGAUUGAACAGGCCAAAGACUUUUGGAAGAGAAUCUUUCCUGAGAGAGAGAUGGACCGGUCGCCUUCGGGCUCCACCCACUGCUGCGACGGCGACGCCCCCCUUCAGACUCCCGAGCCGCUGCUGGGUUCGUUGCAGACAUUCAUACCCUUCCACAAGAUCUCGCUGCACACGGUGCAGAUGGCGGCGGCUUUGGAAAUGGAGUCGCACGCCGCGCGGCCCAGUCUGACGUUGUCCGUGUCGGGCGUGACGGGCGCGUUGACCCUGAAGAGCGACGCCCUCAAGUCUUCAGAUGGCUUUAAGGAGGUUUGCGUAUCACUUCAGUGUGAUGAUGUGUUGGUGCAAACUGGUCUAAAGGACAGAAGUGUUGUGUUUUUGGGUCCAUUCUCCUGCACUGCACAUCUGGAGGCUUAUUGGUGCAGACACAGCGGAAGCUCCACCCCCAACUCACCUGCUCCACCAAGAGUGUUGAUAGAUUUGAAAGGCGGUUUGCUACAGGUGUUUUGGGGUCAGCUGCAAUUUAACUGUUUGUCUCACAUUCAAGAGCAUCUACAGAAUUACUGCAGUCAGAUGACGAGAGUGGAGGCGGAGUCUAAUGAGAAGCCCCUCCUUUCUCUUGCAACGCCCGCCUCUUAUCCCACCCAGUCAGAGCACUCCUCUGAUGACCUGCGUACGGGCCUUUUCCAGUACAUACAGGACUCUGCGGGUCAGAAGUUGCCUUCAGCUCAUGAGGUCGUGUUCUGGAAAGAAACAGACGAUUCCUCAGGCGUGAUGCUGUGGCGAUAUCCUGAACCGCGCAUCAUUACGUUCCUCAGAAUCACACCCGUUCCCUUCAACACCACAGAUGACCCGGACAUCAGCACGGCUGACCUGGGCGAUGUUCUGCAGGUUCCUUGUAGUCUGGAGUACUGGGAUGAGCUGCAGCGGGCGUUUGUGCCCUAUAGAGAAUUCAGUCUGUCAGAGAGCUCUGUGUGUGAGCUGACGCUGCCCAGCCUGACCCCUAACACACACCAGACUGACCUGGUGACCUCUGACCUCUGGAGGGUAGUGCUCAACAGCUCCAGUGAAGGUGGAGAUGAGAGUUCGGACAGUGAAUCAGGUUCUCAGGUGCCCUGUGAUCAGCUGGUUUGUCCGACCGCUCUUGCCGCAUGUACGCGUGUGGAUUCGUGUUUCGCUCCGUGGUUCGUGUCGUCAGUGGGGGUCUCGGUGCGAUUGGCGUAUCUGGAGCUGAGAUUCUGCCACAACCUGGAUCAGCUGGGCACAGUGCCAUGCAAGAGGCUCCGCCCCUUCCUCCCAGACAGGAAGUUGCCUCAGGACCAGGAGUUUGCAGUUUUGUGCGUGCGUGAGCCGUGUGUGUAUGUGCGUCAGUGGAGCGACGUCACUCAGUGUUGUCAUGAGCUGAAGUUUUCAUCCAUGCUGAGCUGCAGACUGCUGGAGUAUAGAAACCUCACACAGCUGUCUGUCAUUCAGCCGGUCAGUCUGCAGGGAUACGCCACACACACGCUCACACGCUCACGACACACACUUCACUGCAGUACCACACUACAGCCGCUGCACGCCAAUGUCGGACAAUACGCCAUACACACUCUGGACAGAGCUCUGCAGGCCUGGAGACAGAACCGGGUUCCUGAUGCUGAAGAGUUGGUUUUCAGUCAUUAUGUCAUCUGUAAUGACACACAGGAAGUUCUGCGGUUUGGCCAGGUGGACACAGAUGAGAACAUCCUGCUACAGAGUAACCAAAGUCACCAGUACAGCUGGAGAACCCAUAAAUCACCUCAGCUGCUUCACAUCUGUAUGGAGGGUUGGGGUAACUGGCGCUGGGCAGAGCCCUUCAGUGUAGAUGAUGUGGGGACUCUCCUUCGCACCAUCCAACAUAAAGGCCAAACAGCAUCUCUCAUCAUCAGAGUCAAACAGCUCAGUGGAGUCCAGAAACAAGUGAUUAUUUGUGGCAGGCAGGUGAUGUGCAGUUUUCUCAGUCAGUCUAUAGAGCUGAGACUCAUUCAGCAUCACAGCGCUCAUGAUGGUGAAGCAGCGUUACGUGAGCGUGUCACACGUCUGGAGCCCGACAGCAAACUGCCUUCAUUUGUCCUGGAGGAAGCAGAAGUUACGCAGCUGUGUGUGCGCGCCUGCGGUGAUGAUGAUGCGUGGUCACGAGACGUCUGUCUGGAGCACAAUAACAACAGCGCUAUAGUACAGGUGCCAUGUUCUGAUGGGUCACUGCUUCAUGUUUGGUGCACAAUAAUACUACUGGAGGCAAACACACACAUUCAACAGAGAUUGGUUGUGUUUAGUCCUCUCUUUAUGAUGUGGAGUCACCUGCCUGAUGCUGUUCUGGUUCAUGUUGAGAAAAGAAGUCUGGGCCACAAACAUACGCAGCUCAUUCAUGGCCGCGGCCACCAGGAGGCGCUACAGAACGUAGAGACAGAUCUGAUACACCACCUUACAUUCCAGGCCAGUGAGGAAGAUGAUGCAUCAGACUCUGCUGUUCCUGUGUCUACUGCUGUCAUUAAGCAGAUCAUCAGCAGAUCAGCAUCAGAUCAGAAUCAUCAGAAUCUUCUAGAUUACUUUUAUGAAGAGAAAACAUCCAAGAGUUCAGCCUGGCCCUACAGCAGCAGAGAGACAGACAGGUCUGUAGUGGAGUCUGUGGCGCAGUGGGACAGUCCCAUGCAGGUGCGGUUAAGCGCGUGGAGGUCCGGUCUCAACACACUGAUGGUGGAGCUUCUGCCGUGGGCUCUUCUGGUCAAUCACUCACACUGGGACCUCUGGCUGUUUGAAGCUGAAAACAUCGUCAUUCAGAUACCAGCUGGAAAAACUCUCGUACCACCAAAUUUCAAGGAUGCGUUUCAGAUUGGCAUUUAUUGGCCACAAACUAACACGGUGCACAAAUCUCCUGCUGUGCGAUUGGUCCAUGAGGUGUCAUCCCCACGGUGGCCAGAAGGGGGCGGAGCCGAUGUCCUGCUAUUGGAUGAGGAGGGAUACAUACACACAGACAUCACACUCGGAACUCAGCCAGGAAAACUGAAGCUCUGUCAGUUGUGUGUGUCAUCUUCAGUGAAAUACGGGAUUCAAGUUUUACAGAUUGAGGAUAAAACCAUCCUGCUAAACAACACAACAAACACCAUCAGGUGCAAAGCUGUGUUAUCACAACACAUGACUACAACACAUGACCAGGUCUAUCAGGUCCCUGAGUCAUCUGUGUUUACUGUGGGUCACGCUGGAGAUCAGGUGUCUUGUCCUGUGGCCUGCUGGGAUGUCGUGCGUCCUGCGUCUGAACUGUCAGAACUGAAUACCCCGCCGUCAUCCAAACAUCUGCUGUUAAGUUGUGAUGGUCAGGGUGAUCUCUGGAGUCUUCCAGCGUUUGUGCGAUCAGAUUUCCCCAGACAGAGUGUUUGUGUACCAGUGGAGGCGACAAGACAAAACCCUUUCAACACGAGGGCUCUGGUUCUGACCUGUCAGGAGCAUCUAGGCAUCACAUAUCUGACUGUAAGUGAAGAUCUUUGUCCACGGAUGCUGAUUCACAACCGCUGCCCAAUGAAGCUGUUACUAAAGGAAAACCUCAAGGAGUGUCCACGAGAUGAAGUGUUUUGCAAGGUUUUGCCGGCGGUCUCUUCUGUUCAUCAUGAGCUGUUUCAUCACGCCUCCAACUUUCCUGAGUGCAAACAGAAAGAGACGCUGCCCACUCUGCUACUCCGUGUUGUCACUGACACGCCUACUGAUCCCAUAACCACACCCAUCAAUCCCACAGACACGCCCAACACAACAAGUUGGACUGAUGACAUCGAUAUCAGCAACCCUGGAACACAGGUUGUUUUCCUGCCUGGUUUUGGCUGUUUGUACAUUGAUGUGCUUCACCAGAGUGGCACCAUAACACUGACGCUCGCACCCGAGAGCAGCACCGAAGACCUGAUGGCACCUUACAGGUUGUCCAAUCAGAAGCUCUCGUUCAGGAUCCUGUCGAAUGAGGUGAGUGUGGCGCUCUGCGAUGACAUCACCACCCCGUCCAGAUCCGUGGAGCUGUUACGUCUUACCGUUUCCAAACUGCUGCUUCAUCUGCCGCCAUGCGAUUUGUCGAUCGAUGACAUCACCGCUCCGCCCAUCCACACGCUCCGGGUGCACUGCGGCAGCCUGCAGGUGGACAAUCAGCUGUACGACCGCGCCAGCUUCCACUUUCCAGUGAUCGUUUGCCAAGAGCCGCAGACUGAGCCGGGCGUGUGUACGUGCGACCCCGGCCUGGCGCUCACCCCGCAUCGCCCGGAGGAGUUCUGUGAAGCGUGUUUCCUGUCUGUGACUGUGUGCGUCUCCGCAGACUGGCAGCUGGACCGACUCGCCUUCCGCAUCAAACCUGCACGCAUCUAUUUGGAAGACACCUUCAUUUAUUACAUGAAAACGCUCUUCCGCACCUACAUCCCAGAGUCCCUGCUGGCUGAGAGGGAGUCCGGGCGGAGAGAAGGCGAAUGGCCGGCGGUUCCAAGCGAGGUCCUGGAGUCCAUGCGUGCGCUGGAGAAGCCGGUGCAUCUGCAGAAGCUGUCCAUCGAAGCCGUUCAUCUGCUCGUGAGCAUCCACGCCUCUCUGAAGCUCUACAUCGCGUCCGAUCACACGCCGCUGUCAUUCUCGACGUUCGAACGCGGACCGAUCUGCACGACCCCGCGACAGCUCGUGCACGCGCUCGCAAUGCAUUACGCCGCAGGCGCCCUCUUCAGAGCGGGAUGGGUGGUCGGUUCAUUGGAAAUCCUGGGCAGUCCCGCCAAUCUGGUGCGAAGUAUCGGGAAUGGAGUGUCAGAUUUCUUCAGGUUACCGUAUGAGGGUUUGACUCGUGGACCAGGAGCUUUUAUCAGUGGCGUCUCCAGAGGAACAAACUCAUUCAUCAAACACAUUUCUAAAGGGACUCUGACGUCCAUCACUAAUUUGGCAACGAGUCUUGCACGUAACAUGGACCGUCUGUCACUGGAUGAUGAGCAUUACAUGAGACAGGAGGAGUGGCGGAGACAGCUGCCCGAGACUCUGGGAGACGGACUGAGACAAGGACUGUCAAGACUGGGCAUCAGUCUACUAGGUGCCAUCGCAGGUAUUGUGGAUCAGCCCAUGCAAACAUUCACACGGACUCUUGAGAUGCCUGAUUCAGCGAGCAGUGCAGCGCGUGGCGUCAUCUCUGGAGUGGGGAAAGGCAUUGUGGGAGUUUUCACCAAACCAAUAGGAGGAGCAGCUGAACUUGUGUCACAGACGGGUUAUGGUCUCCUGCACAGUGCUGGACUUUCCCAGCAUCCUCAGCAGCUGUGUCUGCCGACAGACAGAAAAUCAGCAGACGCCGUCAACAGCCACGUCAAAUACGUCUGGAAGAUGUUACAGUCUCUGGGUCGCCCGGCGCUACACAUGGCUCUGGAGGUGUGUAUGGUGAGCGGGUCCGGUCAGGAACACUCGGGCUGUUUGUUGCUCAGUGGAGAGGUUUUGUUUGUGGUCAGUGUGUGUGAGGACGCACAACAGCAGGCGUUUCCUAUCACAGAGAUCCAGUGUGAACAUGACGCACACAAACCUGGACACAUCACACUCACACUUCAGCAGCAUCGAGUCUCUGGAGACACUGAGGCUGAUGGAGGUCGUGAGUGUCUCUCUGAGCUUCAGUAUAAUCGUCUGGUGGAUUUCGUCACAGGAGCGUCUCAAUAUCUCUCACCGUCAACGUCGUCACUCAAUCAGCCGACGAUCGUCACUCCUGCCGAACCGCCAUCGACUACAACUAAAACCUACCAUUACCAGGCUGACCCGGCCUUUGCACACGUGUUUAUCUGCAAGUUUACCAUGGUGAAAAAUAAAGCCCUUCGCAUCGGGUUCCACUAACAGUCUUCAUGGCUGACAAUUAUUUGUUCAAAGACUUUAACCCACCAGAAAUGCUCAACUUUAUAAAUAUGAAGAGUUUUGUUGUAUUUAUAUGAAUCUGUUUGUUUGUCUGUGAUGCUGAAAACCAAUAUAAGGCCUUUCAUCUGUAUUUUUAUAAGCAAUGCACAAAAGAUGAUGGUUUUUAUUUUAAUAGUCCCUCCUCUAUUCUGAGCUAAAGAAUCGCUUUAAAAUAAAUGUUGAUUAAUAAAUUUUAUAAAUUAUAA